CACAACUCAUCUCAUCAUCCCAUUCAACACAACCACAGUCCUACCAAACUGCAUCGCUUCGUUCAUAGCUUCGUUAAGAGCUUCAUUCAUAUCGCCUAUUAAUCACAAUGGCUCUCACACUCGACCCUAAAAUUCUCCAACGCUGCGUCGAGCUAGCAAAAGAAGCCCUCGAAGCAGGCGACGAUCCCUUCGGCUCUGUGCUCGUGAGCGGAGACGGCAAGAUCAUCCGCGAAGACCGCAAUCGUGUGAACACUGGCAAGAAUGGAGACGGGAAACGCGACGGGACGCUGCACCCGGAGUUUACCCUCGCGCGUUGGGCGCAACUCAACCUUGGCCCCGAGGAACGGGCCAAGUCUUCAGUGUACACUUCCGGCGAACACUGCCCGAUGUGCGCUGCCGCUCACGCCUGGGUCGGACUGGGACCCAUCGUCUACGUCUCUUCGAGUGCGCAAUUUGCUAGUUGGCUGGAAGAGUUUGGGCUGAAGGCGGGCGGGAAAGUCAAGCCGCUGCCUAUCAAUGAGGUCGCGCCGGGUAUUUCGGUGCAGGGUCCAAUUCCUGGGCUGGAUGAGGAGGUCAAGGCAUUGCACAAGAGAAACGUUGAGAAGUCAUCAUAAAUGAGAAGUAUGUCGCUCGAGACCUAGUGGGCUAACGGUCUAGACACAUGGUACAUCUCGCAGAUGGGAUUCGAGUGGCCUCGAACACCAGGAAGCGAUUAGUACUCGAUGCGACAGAAGAGUUCAAUGAAUAGCAUAAUAAUAUUAUCAUCAUCAAGUCAGCCGUAGCGACUUUUAGUAAAAAUUGGCAG